CACACUAUCAUCCAUCAGGACUCAGCUGACAAGUAUUAUUUACAACUUCAAAAUGCCAUGGUCACGCUCUAUGAGGAUUUUUAAAUUUGGCAAGUCAGAGGUGUCACACAGAUGCAGCUCACGCUGUGUCAGUCCUCUGACCUUCGACAGUCAGGCUGUGGGAGAAAAGGUCCGCUUGAGUCAUGGAGGUCGACUCGCAGAGAAGACUGAUAACACCUUCAAGAAUGGGCUGGUGUUCAGCAACCGUCCAGUGAAGAUCCAGGAGAAGAUUUGUCUGAGAAUAGAGAAGGAUUCAUCCAUCUGGGACGGGGCUCUGCGUGUGGGCUUUACCACUGUGCCACCCUCAACCAGAUCUCUGCCUCUGCCCAGCAUGUCCAUCCCCAACCUCAAUGACAAGUCCGCACACUGGGCUGUUCCAUUGGAUGAAUCUGUCUGCCAAGCAGGUUCAGAGCUGGAGUUUUGGGUUUCUUCUCAUGGCAGCAUAUACAUAGGUGUCAACAACGAGGAGUACGAGCGACCAACAGGAGUGGACACUAAACAGCCGCUGUGGGCCAUGAUAGACAUCUACGGACAGACACGUUCCAUUUUGCUGCUGGACUCCAAGAAAAACAAAAAGCUGCUUUACCGUAGAAGAUCCUGUCCUGCACCUGAACCGCUCGCCUCACCUGAUCCUGACAGUCACUUUCGUUCAGUUCCUGAUGUUUCAGACUUCAGACGUGAGGACUGCAUCUCCUGUCUUGACACAAAAAUGCCAGAAGAUAACGUCUGUGUGGUGUGCAUGGCGAAAGAGGCCAGAAUCACACUGCCUUGUGGCCACCGAUGUUUAUGUAAAGACUGCAACUUCAGAGUCUGUGAGCAGUUUGGCACCUGUCCGCUGUGUCGACACACGAUCAGCGCUCCAUCAGUGGGGGAGCGGUGGUUUAUAGAGGUCAACUGAUCUCUGAGACAACAGCCUGGAAUUGUGACAGAAGAAUAGCAGCAAGAGUGAAAAGGAACGUUUACAAGAUGGUAGUGAAGGUCUGCUGAUGUGGGGAUGGUGGCACAGACCAACAGACAGGAGGCCAAGUGUUGGCAGUAUUGAAGAUGCUAAGAAUGUCUCCGUUAGUGACCAUACGGGAUAGGACUAGAAAUGAGUACAUUUAGAGGACAGCUCAGAUUGAGUGGUUUGGAGACAAAGUUAAAAAAGCAAGGCUAAGAUGGUUUGUACUUAUGCAGAAGAGUGAUGGUGAAUAAACUGGACAAAGGAUGUUGAAGAUGGAGCUGUUAGACAGGAGGAAGAAAGCAAGACAGAAAAGGAUGAUAGGAUGAUCCACUGUGCCGACCCUGGAAGGGAACAACCAGAAGAAGAAGAAGAGGAAGAAAGAAACUUUACUAAAAGGUUGAUGACACUGAACUGAAAUAUUUCUAAAUUGAAAUCAUUGAAAUAGUACAUCUC